CUGGCUCUGCUGGUUCGGCCUAACCACCUGCCCCACAAAGAUUGCGGAUGGGAAGAAAGACCAGGUUCUUCCCGAGGAGCAGAGCCUGUUUGAGUCCAAGAGCCAGCCCUCCAACUGGCUCUGCUGGUUUGGACUAACAUCCUGCUCCACCAAGAGCGAGGACGGGAAGAAAGACCAGGUCCUUCCCAAGGAGCAGAGCCUGUUUGAGUCCAAGAGCCAGCCCUCCAACUGGCUCUGCAGGCUUGGACUAACAUCUUGCUCCACCAACACAGAGCACGGGAAAACAGAACAGGUCCUUCAUGAGGAGCAGCGUCUUGUUAAGUCCAAGAGCCAGCUCUCCAACUGGCUCUGCUGGUUUGGACUAACAUCCUGCUCCACCAAGAUCGAGGACAGCAAGAAAGACCAGGUCCUUCCCAAGGAGCUGAGCCUGUUUGAGUCCAAGAGCCAGCCCUCCAACUGGCUCUGCAGGCUUGGACUGACAUCUUGCUCCCCCAAGACCGAGGACGGGAAGAAGAACAAGGUCUUUCGUGAGGAGCAGAGCCCCGUUGAGACCAAGGGCCAGCCCUCCAACUGGCUCUGCUGGAUUGGACUGAACACCUGUCCUCAGAACGGAGAGAAAAAAGUCGUGCGUCCUGAGAAGAGCCUGCCCGUUAAUGCUGAGCGCCGUGCCUCCCACUGGCCCUUCUGGAUUGGCCUUUCUCCACACCCCAGAUGGGUCCCGAACACGGCCAGCCAGUCUGUUGAGCCAGAGGGCCCAAAGCAGCAGUCCCCGCACACCGAGCAAGACGCCUUCAGCGUGCCUGACAUCCUCAACAACUUCAAGGACUUAAUAACGCCAGCCCUGAUAAUCUGCGUCAUUCUGGAUUUAUGGGGAAACUGCUAUCUGUUCCGGCUGCUGUGGGUUGCCUACCAGCUCUGGAGAGAUUUCUGAAGACAUCAGGCACACGUAAGCGCUCGGGAUUCAUACUGCACAGAACGGACUGAGGGUGGGAAGCAGGGAACCGCAAAGGUCUGGUCUGUGAGGGCUUCCAAGCAAAGCAGACCUCCAGAGGUCCAUCAGCUCUCCCCAGACACUUGCCCGGCCGUAGGGCUGACAGCCAGCCCAGACUCCCAUGCCAAACGGGGCCUGCCGGAGGUGCCCUGAGCCCCACGGGCUGCCCCGAGCUGUCCUGGGACGCUGGAAAAGCCGCGCAAGAAUCAGAGCCCUGCAGGGCGAUGCUCUGCAAAACGAGCCUGCAUCCCUUUCUCUGCGCUCAUGCCCUGUCAUUUCCAGGGAACGGAACAAACGGCCUCAGCUUCAGAACGCGAACAGAGUGAUUUCCACAAGGCGCUUCUGUCCACCUGGCAGCCUGUGGGUCAAAUGGUGACCAAAGGUGGCGCUGAAGGCACCUGCGAUGACAACAACAUCUUCCACUGGGUGGACACCAACCUCCCCCAGAUCAUCACCUCCAUUUUCCAUCAGUCAUCAAAUAAAUAACAUCAUCAUUUCCACAGCCUGUGUCAUUGUGGUGGCAGUGCGUCCGGGACAGUGGCAGCACUAAAGGCAUUGGUGCAGGACAGCGCUGCUGUUCGGGGACUGGGGGCAUGUUCCUAGGCAGGAGGAAGGGCGGUGGGCCAGGGAUAAAAGAGGCAUCGGUGGCUGUGAAGUGUCCGGAGACAGCCAUGCCCCAGGGGAUAGAGCACAUGUUGAGCGGGAACCUACCUCCCAGUGGGGUCAUGCAGCGUCCCCCAGAGUGCACGGGGAGGUCCCGGGAGUCUCCAGCACGCUGGGAAGCAUGCAGAGCACACUGGGAAUCCUCAGCUGGGCCACUUCUGCCAGGAUCCCGUGCGCAUCACCUUCACAGAAGAGGCUCGCACCAAGGGAGCCUUCCCAGAAAGGGAAAACGGCGGCAAAGCACCACAGCAAGAUCUGCUGGGGAAGGGAGGGAGGCCCUGCGGCACGGCGGCUCAGACUCCCUGGUCCGUUUCGUCCCUCUGCUUAUUACUGCUGACUGGUAGCUCAGGCCGGCAGCCAUGAAGGCGCUGAGAGAAGCCUGUGGGCUGUCAAACGGGACUUUGGGGCACUGGCGCGCUGUCACGGCUCCAGCCCGGUGCUGUGACUAAUGGGGUGGAGGGACAAACGAAGCCACGAGCCAGGAAAGGGGCAAGAGAGGGGGUGAAAAGGUCGGGAGAUGGGCCUAACAACAAAACAACGGCAACGAGCUAAGGGAGAAAACAAUGAUUUUCUGAGUACACUAAUUUUCUGAGUAUACCAGCGGGAUGCAAGAUGAAGAAAACAGACGAGGUUUUCCAAAAGCAAGCGCAGAGUCUUGCACCUCGGAAGGAACAGCCGCAAGUAUCAGUACAGGCUGGGACCCGACCUGCUGGAGAGGAGCUCUGCGGUGAGGAACCGGGGGCUCCAGGUGGACAACAGGCUGGCCAUGAGCCAGCAGGGUGCCCUGGUGGCCAAGAAGGCCACUGGGAUCCUACAAGGCAUUAAAAGGAGCGCGGCCAGCAGGUCAAGGGAGGUGAUCCUCUCCCUCCACUCUGCCCUGGUCAGGCCUCACCAGGAGUAUGGCGUCCGGUUCUGGGCUCCCCGGUACAAGAAAAGGCCGCGAUCUCCUGGAAAGAGUCCAGCGGAGGUCCAUGAAGAUGAUCAAGGGCCUGGAGCACCUCUCUUACGAGGAAAGGCUGAGCGACUUGAUGUUGUGUUGAGGGACAUGGUGUAGUGGGAGCUAUUGGUAAUAGGUGAACGGUUGGACUGGGUGAUCUUUUAGGUCUUUUCCAACCUUGGUGAUUCUGUGAUUCUGUGAUUCUAUGACCUGGGUCUGUUCAGCCUUGAGAAAAGAUGACUCAGAGGGGAUCUGAUCAAUGUCUGUAUCUAAGGUGACGGCGGCCAAAAUACAAGGGCAGUGGCUGCAAGUUGUAUCAGAGGAGGUUUAGGUUAGACAUAAGGAAGAAAUUCUUCUCUCAGAGAGUGGUCAGGCACUGGAAUGGCUGCCCAGGGAGGUGGUGGAGUCGCCACCCCUGGAAUUGUUCAAGAGGCAUCUGGAUGACGUGCUGCGUGAUGUGGUUUAGUACUAGUGGUGGCAAUGGUGAUGAGGAGAUGGUUGGAUUCGAUGAUCUUAUAGGUCAUUUCCAACCUUGUGAUUCUAUGAUUCUAUGAUUCUAUGAUCAUCUCGAGAGGUCCCUUCCAGCCCCUACAAUUCUGUGAUUCUGCAUCAGGGAGAACACUGUGCUGCCAAGGAGGAGAAGGCAAAUACGGACACUGCUGCGGGAGGUGUCAAAGCAAACGUUCAAAUCUCUCGGUCUGUACUAUCAUCUAUUCUUUUAUUUUCUUUCCGACAUAUAAAUAAAGGAAAUUAAUCCAAUAUUCAUUGCUGUUGGAGUGAAGGGCUCAAAAGGAUGGGAGGGGAGCACCGGACCUCUGCUUACGUCUGUUUACGAGGGUGGACAGUGGGAACAAGGGACAGUAGGACAAGGGGAAAUGGUUUCAAACUAAGACAGCAGAGGUUUAGGUUAGAUAGUAGGAGGAAGUUUUUCACACAGAGCGUGCUGACACACUGGAACCGGUUGCCCAAGGAGGCCGUGGAUGCCCCAUGCCUGCAGGCAUUCAAGGCCAGGCGGGAUGUGGCUCUGGGCUGCCCGGUGGACUGAAACUAGGGGAUCACUGUGGGCCUUCUCAACCCAGGCUGCUCUAUGAUUCUGUGAUUCUAUGACCUCGUGCGCUCAUGAAAAUUACAGAGAGAAUUACUUGAGAAAAGACGGCUAAGAGGGGACCUGAUCCAGGUUGAUAAAUAUCUGAGGUGUGGCAGCCAUAGCGGUGAGGCCAGUCUCUUUUCAGUGGUAAGUGGAGACAGGACAAGGGGAAACAGACAUUAGCUGCAGCAUAGGAAGUUUCGAACGAAUGUGCGCAAGAACUUCUUUACUGUGAGGGUGACGGAGCACUGGAACAGGCUGCCCAGGGAGGUGGUGGAGUCUCCUUCUCUGGAGAUGUUCAAGACCUGCCUGGAUGCCUACCUGUGCAACCUGCUGUAGGGAACCAGCUUUGGGAGGGGGGUUGGACUCGAUGAUCUCUGGAGGUCCCUUCCCACCCCUACAAAUCUGCGAUUAUGUGAUUCUGUGGCCUCGUGUGCUCAUGAAAAUUACGGAGUGCAGACGGAUUGCAAAAAGGGGAGGUGGAACAGGGAGGUGGGAUUUGGGUGUAGGGUCCCCAGCCCCGAGCUGGGUGCACGGCCACACCCGCACCGGGGAAAGGCAUUGUGACAUCACAGGCGGGGCAUGACAUCAGUCUUGAUCAAGUCACGCUGGCGGCCUCCCCCAGCUCAGACACUUGGAGCACUCGCUCCGUCCUGGUGGUCGCUGCUGGAGCUCUGCUCUGGGUGACAGCCACUUGUGUGUUGAGAGCGGUCCUUGGGAGAGAGCAGGAUGAAGCUCAGCCUGACUCUCUUCCUCAUCUUACUUGCUUUCAUGUCUCCAAUUCCUGACACGUCCAGCUGCCUCAGCUGGGUCGGGAAUUGGGACAAAAAGCUGCCCCAUCCCGAGGAGCAGCAUCCCUUAGACACCGAGUGCCAGCCUUCCAGCUGGCUCUCCUGGCUUGGUCUAAACACCUGCCCCACCAAGAUCGAGGAUGGCAACAAAAGGAACGUCCUUCACCAGGAGCACGGACCUACGGACACCAAGAGCCAGCCCUCCAACUGGCUCUGCUGGUAUUGCCAAAACAUCUGCUCCAACCAGAUGAAGGACGGGAACAAAAGGCAGGUCGUUCACGAGAAGCAGAGCCCGGUUGACAUCAAGGCCCAGCCCUCCAGCUGGCUCUGCUGGUUCGGCCUAACCACCUGCCCCACAAAGAUUGCGGAUGGGAAGAAAGACCAGGUUCUUCCCGAGGAGCAGAGCCUGUUUGAGUCCAAGAGCCAGCCCUCCAACUGGCUCUGCUGGUUUGGACUAACAUCCUGCUCCACCAAGAGCGAGGACGGGAAGAAAGACCAGGUCCUUCCCAAGGAGCAGAGCCUGUUUGAGUCCAAGAGCCAGCCCUCCAACUGGCUCUGCAGGCUUGGACUAACAUCUUGCUCCACCAACACAGAGCACGGGAAAACAGAACAGGUCCUUCAUGAGGAGCAGCGUCUUGUUAAGUCCAAGAGCCAGCUCUCCAACUGGCUCUGCUGGUUUGGACUAACAUCCUGCUCCACCAAGAUCGAGGACAGCAAGAAAGACCAGGUCCUUCCCAAGGAGCAGAGCCUGUUUGAGUCCAAGAGCCAGCCCUCCAACUGGCUCUGCAGGCUUGGACUGACAUCUUGCUCCCCCAAGACCGAGGACGGGAAGAAGAACAAGGUCUUUCGUGAGGAGCAGAGCCCCGUUGAGACCAAGGGCCAGCCCUCCAACUGGCUCUGCUGGAUUGGACUAAACACCUGUCCUCAGAACGGAGAGAAAAAAGUCGUGCGUCCUGAGAAGAGCCUGCCCGUUAAUGCUGAGCGCCGUGCCUCCCACUGGCCCUUCUGGAUUGGCCUUUCUCCACACCCCAGAUGGGUCCCGAACACGGCCAGCCAGUCUGUUGAGCCAGAGGGCCCAAAGCAGCAGUCCCCGCACACCGAGCAAGACGCCUUCAGCGUGCCUGACAUCCUCAACAACUUCAAGGACUUAAUAACGCCAGCCCUGAUAAUCUGCGUCAUUCUGGAUUUAUGGGGAAACUGCUAUCUGUUCCGGCUGCUGUGGGUUGCCUACCAGCUCUGGAGAGAUUUCUGAAGACAUCAGGCACACGUAAGCGCUCGGGAUUCAUACUGCACAGAACGGACUGAGGGUGGGGAGCAGGGAACCGCAAAGGUCUGGUCUGUGAGGGCUUCCAAGCAAAGCAGACCUCCAGAGGUCCAUCAGCUCUCCCCAGACACUUGCCCGGCCGUAGGGCUGACAGCCAGCCCAGACUCCCAUGCCAAACGGGGCCUGCCGGAGGUGCCCUGAGCCCCACGGGCUGCCCCGAGCUGUCCUGGGACGCUGGAAAAGCCGCGCAAGAAUCAGAGCCCUGCAGGGCGAUGCUCUGCAAAACGAGCCUGCAUCCCUUUCUCUGCGCUCAUGCCCUGUCAUUUCCAGGGAACGGAACAAACGGCCUCAGCUUCAGAACGCGAACAGAGUGAUUUCCACAAGGCGCUUCUGUCCAUCUGGCAGCCUGUGGGUCAAAUGGUGACCAAAGGUGGCGCUGAAGGCACCUGCGAUGACAACAACAUCUUCCACUGGGUGGACACCAACCUCCCCCAGAUCAUCACCUCCAUUUUCCAUCAGUCAUCAAAUAAAUAACAUCAUCAUUUCCACAGCCUGUGUCAUUGUGGUGGCAGUGCGUCCGGGACAGUGGCAGCACUAAAGGCAUUGGUGCAGGACAGCGCUGCUGUUCGGGGACUGGGGGCAUGUUCCUAGGCAGGAGGAAGGGCGGUGGGCCAGGGAUAAAAGAGGCAUCGGUGGCUGUGAAGUGUCCGGAGACAGCCAUGCCCCAGGGGAGAGAGCACAUGUUGAGCGGGAACCUACCUCCCAGUGGGGUCAUGCAGCGUCCCCCAGAGUGCACGGGGAGGUCCCGGGAGUCUCCAGCACGCUGGGAAGCAUGCAGAGCACACUGGGAAUCCUCAGCUGGGCCACUUCUGCCAGGAUCCCGUGCGCAUCACCUUCACAGAAGAGGCUCGCACCAAGGGAGCCUUCCCAGAAAGGGAAAACGGCGGCAAAGCACCACAGCAAGAUCUGCUGGGGAAGGGAGGGAGGCCCUGCGGCACGGCGGCUCAGACUCCCUGGUCCGUUUCGUCCCUCUGCUUAUUACUGCUGACUGGUAGCUCAGGCCGGCAGCCAUGAAGGCGCUGAGAGAAGCCUGUGGGCUGUCAAACGGGACUUUGGGGCACUGGCGCGCUGUCACGGCUCCAGCCCGGUGCUGUGACUAAUGGGGUGGAGGGACAAACGAAGCCACGAGCCAGGAAAGGGGCAAGAGAGGGGGUGAAAAGGUCGGGAGAUGGGCCUAACAACAAAACAACGGCAACGAGCUAAGGGAGAAAACAAUGAUUUUCUGAGUACACUAAUUUUCUGAGUAUACCAGCGGGAUGCAAGAUGAAGAAAACAGACGAGGUUUUCCAAAAGCAAGCGCAGAGUCUUGCACCUCGGAAGGAACAGCCGCAAGUAUCAGUACAGGCUGGGACCCGACCUGCUGGAGAGGAGCUCUGCGGUGAGGAACCGGGGGCUCCAGGUGGACAACAGGCUGGCCAUGAGCCAGCAGGGUGCCCUGGUGGCCAAGAAGGCCACUGGGAUCCUACAAGGCAUUAAAAGGAGCGCGGCCAGCAGGUCAAGGGAGGUGAUCCUCUCCCUCCACUCUGCCCUGGUCAGGCCUCACCAGGAGUAUGGCGUCCGGUUCUGGGCUCCCCGGUACAAGAAAAGGCCGCGAUCUCCUGGAAAGAGUCCAGCGGAGGUCCAUGAAGAUGAUCAAGGGCCUGGAGCACCUCUCUUACGAGGAAAGGCUGAGCGACUUGAUGUUGUGUUGAGGGACAUGGUGUAGUGGGAGCUAUUGGUAAUAGGUGAACGGUUGGACUGGGUGAUCUUUUAGGUCUUUUCCAACCUUGGUGAUUCUGUGAUUCUGUGAUUCUAUGACCUGGGUCUGUUCAGCCUUGAGAAAAGAUGACUCAGAGGGGAUCUGAUCAAUGUCUGUAUCUAAGGUGACGGCGGCCAAAAUACAAGGGCAGUGGCUGCAAGUUGUAUCAGAGGAGGUUUAGGUUAGACAUAAGGAAGAAAUUCUUCUCUCAGAGAGUGGUCAGGCACUGGAAUGGCUGCCCAGGGAGGUGGUGGAGUCGCCACCCCUGGAAUUGUUCAAGAGGCAUCUGGAUGACGUGCUGCGUGAUGUGGUUUAGUACUAGUGGUGGCAAUGGUGAUGAGGAGAUGGUUGGAUUCGAUGAUCUUAUAGGUCAUUUCCAACCUUGUGAUUCUAUGAUUCUAUGAUUCUAUGAUCAUCUCGAGAGGUCCCUUCCAGCCCCUACAAUUCUGUGAUUCUGCAUCAGGGAGAACACUGUGCUGCCAAGGAGGAGAAGGCAAAUACGGACACUGCUGCGGGAGGUGUCAAAGCAAACGUUCAAAUCUCUCGGUCUGUACUAUCAUCUAUUCUUUUAUUUUCUUUCCGACAUAUAAAUAAAGGAAAUUAAUCCAAUAUUCAUUGCUGUUGGAGUGAAGGGCUCAAAAGGAUGGGAGGGGAGCACCGGACCUCUGCUUACGUCUGUUUACGAGGGUGGACAGUGGGAACAAGGGACAGUAGGACAAGGGGAAAUGGUUUCAAACUAAGACAGCAGAGGUUUAGGUUAGAUAGUAGGAGGAAGUUUUUCACACAGAGCGUGCUGACACACUGGAACCGGUUGCCCAAGGAGGCCGUGGAUGCCCCAUGCCUGCAGGCAUUCAAGGCCAGGCGGGAUGUGGCUCUGGGCUGCCCGGUGGACUGAAACUAGGGGAUCACUGUGGGCCUUCUCAACCCAGGCUGCUCUAUGAUUCUGUGAUUCUAUGACCUCGUGCGCUCAUGAAAAUUACAGAGAGAAUUACUUGAGAAAAGACGGCUAAGAGGGGACCUGAUCCAGGUUGAUAAAUAUCUGAGGUGUGGCAGCCAUAGCGGUGAGGCCAGUCUCUUUUCAGUGGUAAGUGGAGACAGGACAAGGGGAAACAGACAUUAGCUGCAGCAUAGGAAGUUUCGAACGAAUGUGCGCAAGAACUUCUUUACUGUGAGGGUGACGGAGCACUGGAACAGGCUGCCCAGGGAGGUGGUGGAGUCUCCUUCUCUGGAGAUGUUCAAGACCUGCCUGGAUGCCUACCUGUGCAACCUGCUGUAGGGAACCAGCUUUGGGAGGGGGGUUGGACUCGAUGAUCUCUGGAGGUCCCUUCCCACCCCUACAAAUCUGCGAUUAUGUGAUUCUGUGGCCUCGUGUGCUCAUGAAAAUUACGGAGUGCAGACGGAUUGCAAAAAGGGGAGGUGGAACAGGGAGGUGGGAUUUGGGUGUAGGGUCCCCAGCCCCGAGCUGGGUGCACGGCCACACCCGCACCGGGGAAAGGCAUUGUGACAUCACAGGCGGGGCAUGACAUCAGUCUUGAUCAAGUCACGCUGGCGGCCUCCCCCAGCUCAGACACUUGGAGCACUCGCUCCGUCCUGGUGGUCGCUGCUGGAGCUCUGCUCUGGGUGACAGCCAUUUGUGUGUUGAGAGCGGUCCUUGGGAGAGAGCAGGAUGAAGCUCAGCCUGACUCUCUUCCUCAUCUUACUUGCUUUCAUGUCUCCAAUUCCUGACACGUCCAGCUGCCUCAGCUGGGUCGGGAAUUGGGACAAAAAGCUGCCCCAUCCCGAGGAGCAGCAUCCCUUAGACACCGAGUGCCAGCCUUCCAGCUGGCUCUCCUGGCUUGGUCUAAACACCUGCCCCACCAAGAUCGAGGAUGGCAACAAAAGGAACGUCCUUCACCAGGAGCACGGACCUACGGACACCAAGAGCCAGCCCUCCAACUGGCUCUGCUGGUAUUGCCAAAACAUCUGCUCCAACCAGAUGAAGGACGGGAACAAAAGGCAGGUCGUUCACGAGAAGCAGAGCCCGGUUGACAUCAAGGCCCAGCCCUCCAGCUGGCUCUGCUGGUUCGGCCUAACCACCUGCCCCACAAAGAUUGCGGAUGGGAAGAAAGACCAGGUUCUUCCCGAGGAGCAGAGCCUGUUUGAGUCCAAGAGCCAGCCCUCCAACUGGCUCUGCUGGUUUGGACUAACAUCCUGCUCCACCAAGAGCGAGGACGGGAAGAAAGACCAGGUCCUUCCCAAGGAGCAGAGCCUGUUUGAGUCCAAGAGCCAGCCCUCCAACUGGCUCUGCAGGCUUGGACUGACAUCUUGCUCCCCCAAGACCGAGGACGGGAAGAAGAACAAGGUCUUUCGUGAGGAGCAGAGCCCCGUUGAGACCAAGGGCCAGCCCUCCAACUGGCUCUGCUGGAUUGGACUGAACACCUGUCCUCAGAAUGGAGAGAAAAAAGUCGUGCGUCCUGAGAAGAGCCUGCCCGUUAAUGCUGAGCGCCGUGCCUCCCACUGGCCCUUCUGGAUUGGCCUUUCUCCACCCCCCAGAUGGGUCCCGAACACGGCCAGCGAGUCUGUUGAGCCAGUGGG